UAAAGCAAGCGGUACGUACCUUUUCAGGGUCUGCAGAGGUAAGGUGACCGGGGUGCGGGGUCCUCUCGGUGUGGUCGGUGAGCGAUAAGCGCUUGGGGAUCCACUGAAAUUUUCUUUGGGUUCGAGGUUCCUUUCGUUUCCCCGUCGCCUUCGCAACCACUGCUUUCUCCCUCCCUUCUUCACCGUCGCCCGAGUUGAAAAAUUCGAGGCCGGAAACUCCAACGCGAUACCACCGCGCUACCCACGAAAUCCUCCUCGACGAAAGACAACAGUCGGAAGAAACAAUUCACACAGUCUCCGCGUUCCCUCAAUCGUCUCCUCCACCGCGAACGAGAAGAGACCUUCGAAACCACACCUUCCGAGAGCAACGUCCCCGACCGGAAAUCAAACACCACACAUACAAACACACACACACACGCGCGCGCGUAGAGAGAGAGAGAGACAAGAUGGCACAAGGCGGCGUCAAAUCCGCCUCGCGCCCCGCGCCGACGGGCAAGCCUAAAAACAAGCAACUCAAGAACGCCUCGCGCGUAGCCAAGCCCCAAAAGGCGAAGGCGCACUCCUCGGCCGACAAGAUGCAGAAGAAGAUGGCCGCGGGGCUGACGUCGCGGACGGAGAAGCUGCUGGGCGAGAGGGCGGGCCACCUAGAGCUCAUUGGCAAGGGGAAGAAGGCGAAGAAGGACGAGAAGAAGGGCAAGGGGGGGUUGCAGGCGACUAAGGGCGGGAGUCGCAAAGCUACAGGGUAA